AUGGGCGAGAACAUAUGCAAUAUGCUUACUUGGAACAUAUGCAGCUUGCUCAAUUACAGCUUGGUUUCGAAUACAAAUGGAUAUCGUACAAAGAAGUCAAAGGCGGUGCUGGUGGGUUCAAACUCCUGCACUUCGGUGAUGAGUACCAUGUGUACUGAAGACAGCGAAGGCACUGAAUUAUUCGAAAAUUUGCAUAUGAAGUUGGAAAAAACAACGGAUGGCUUUGGUGGCAAGGAUCCAGCAGUAGUCGGACCAGCCGUUAUGGAUUUCCUUGUACUCUGUCGAAAUGGAAAUAAAAGGAAGUCCUUUCAAAAAAAAACGAAUCGAAAUGAUAAAGUGAUAUCUUGA